AUGGACCAUCAUAGUGUAGUGAUAGAGAAUAAGAAAGUUUACGCGGUGGAUGAUGAUGAAGAUCAAAGCUUUCCAACUGAAUGGUUUCUAACUGAAUGGAGAAGAGGAACAAAUCAGGAGGAUUCGGUGCCAGGAAACCGAAACGAUUGGUGUGCCAUAGGAAAUUUGUUAUACUGUAUUGAUACUAGCGGGAGAAUACUGUGGUGUGAGCCGGAUGAGUUAGAUUGGAAGGAAGUGAAAGGUUUGAAAAAGCGCCAAAAUCCUUUCCCUGCUAUUCCGAAUUUUCCUCUCCGUUCUACAAUCAGGCGGGUCAGACGUGCUGAAACCAUCAAACUCUGCAGCAACUCUGCAGGUAACAUUGUCAUCUUCUCGAAAAUGUUGCUUGGAGGUCCUAAGAAUUCGAGGCUUUGCUCCGAGGAGAUUUCCUUGGAGAGACGUGAGGGAGGCGAGAUUUGGGGGAAGAUUGAGUGGUUUGGUACUGUCUUCCAACUUGAUCCUCUCUCACUGGCAUCUAGCUUUAACGUCUUAUUUUCUGCUUCUGUCCAUGCUUAUUAUGGAGGGGGAGGUACACCAAAUCCUGUUUUCCCACCUCCUAGUCCACACCCGUACAUGUGGAGUGCUCAACACCAUAUGAUGUCGCUUUAUGGGACCCCAGUUCCGUAUCCAGCAAUGUAUCCCCCAGGGGCAGUCUAUGCCCAUCCUAGCAUGCCCAUGCCUCCUAGUUUUGGUCCAACCAACAAAGAAACUGCGAAGGACCAAGCUUCUGGCAAGAAGUCAAAGAGGAACUUGAAGAGAAAGGGUGAAGGAGGUGAGAAGGCGCCUUCUGGUUCAGGGAACGAUGGUGUAUCUCAAAGGUGCGACCUAUAA